AUGGUUGGGAACACUCAUCCUUACACAGUCGAUGACUGGAUCGAAAAUAUAUCUCUCGCUUACCGGCAUGAAAUUGACGCGUUCGCUCUCAAUGUCGGGCCUGAGGGGUGGCAGAAGCAAUCGGUGGAUAACUGCUUUCAGGCGGCGCGGCUGUCUGGAUUGCCCUUCAAGCUAUUUUUGAGCUUUGACAUGAACGCAAUUCCCGGACAGGUCGAAGACGACGUGCUCCUGUUGCGCUCGUAUUUUGAGGCCUUUGCACGUCACUCACACCAACUCCGAUACAAUGGAAAACCUGUGGUAUCUACGUUCGCGGGGCAACAGUGUCUCUUUGGGUGCGCAGAUCUUGAUGCAGCCUGGACACACGUAAAGCGGACAUUGGAAGACGUAGCACCCAUCCACUUCAUACCAUCUUUCUUCAUAGACCCUCGGCGUUAUCCGCACAUCCACUCCAUGGACGGCUACUUCAAUUGGAAUGGCGGCUGGCCAAUUCACUUGACACCCGACUCUCCACGACGAGAUGUAGAGCUACCUGAGCUUGAUACAGAUCGUCAUCACAUACAUCAUCUCGGCGGCCGCACCUUCAUGGCAGCCGUCUCUCCUUGGUUUUUCACGCAUUAUGGCGAAAACUCGUGGAACAAGAACUGGAUCUACCGCGGGGACGAUUGGCUCUACGUCCGCCGCUGGGAGCAGCUUGUUGCCGCGCGUGAUACAGUCGACAUUGUGCAGAUUGUUUCAUGGAACGACUUCGGAGAGUCGCAUUACAUCGGCCCCAUCAAGGGCGCGCAGCCGAAAUCGGAAUCAUGGGUCGAUGGCUUCCCGCACACGGCAUGGCUGCACCUCACCCGCUCCUUCGCGCGCGCGUUCAAGACCGGCACGUACCCCACUGUCGAGCGCGACGAGAUAUACAUGUGGGCGCGCCCACAUCUCAAGCACGCGGACGCAACCCACGACGAAGCAGGGCGUCCUGAAAAAUGGCAGCUGACCGACGACAAAUUCUGGGUGGUGGUGCUCGCGACAGCGCCUGCAGAAGUACGACUCGCGACGUCGGACUUGGAGGGGGAGGCGGCGGCGGAGCGCUCGUACCCAGUAAGGGAGGGAUUGACGAAGCUGUCGCAUCCGCUGGUCGCGCGCGAGAGCAUGAAGGCGACGAUGAUCCGGGACGGCAGGGUGGUCGCAGAAUGCGCGCCUGAGAGGGCUGGGUUCAGGGUGCAGGCGAGGCCGCGCACGUACAACUUCAACGCGUUUGUCGCGACGUCGAUCCCGAGUAUUUAA